AUGCCAGCAUUAUCUACGCCUGGGAAAUCCGAUGUACACGCCUUCCAAGAAUGUAAACAGUUCACAUCACUUCUACCCCAUCCGGAAAAAUACGAAAACGACGAGUCCGAUACACGUAUUUUCCCCCUUGAGAGGGCCCGGUUCGGCCCAGUCCCUGUCUACGCGAGCGUGCAAUGCCUGUCCAUAUUGCUCUUUGGGUGGACGGUGCAAUACCCAGACCAGGUCCACAUCGCCGUGCCCAUCGUCGCGACUUUCUUCGGAGGGUGGUCGACUGUGCCUACACAUUCGAACAUCACGACGUAUCUCGUUGAUAUAUUUCAUGACCGUAGCGCUGCUACCGCGGCUAGUCUUAAUCUUGCAAGGUGUUGUCUCGCGGCUGCUGAGACCAGCGCUAUUCUUCCCAUGGUGCAUGGUGUUGGGGCUGGAGGGGCGUUUACCAUUUGUGUUGCAGUGCAGCUGGUUGCGAUAGUUGGGUUGGGUGUACAGUGGAAAUGUGGUGGUGGUGUUUGGAGGAGUGUGAAGGAAUCUGAAGUGUCAUCGUGA